AUGGAGCACAGAUUAGCUCUUUCCUAUGGUGGUCGAAAGCUCAAGCAGGCCCUCGCCCUUCCAGGAGAAGAAAUGGGUGCAGCACUUGAGGAGUUUUUCUUCUUUACUUUGGACAGGAAUGGGAAAGGAGAAAGGGCAGAUGUUGACAUCCCUGUUUCUGCAUUUGGUACUGGAAGAUCUGAAAAGUCUAUCCUCGAUGGAGACCAUGAUAAUUACAAUGGUGACUCACAAUAA